AUGGCCACCAAAUGUUCACCAUGUCCGGUGUUAAAUCCAUCAUUAGAGCAAUUCAAUGAUCCAAUAGGGUAUUUAUCCAGUGCUGAAGUAUUAGAAUUAGGUCAAACUUAUGGGAUUGUGAAGAUUGUACCUCCACAGAAUUGGCAACCUCCAUUUUCAUUAUCUCUGAAAUUCAAGUUUCAUACUAGACUUCAAAAGUUGAGUGAUUUGGGUAUUCUUACCAGAUCACGAAAUUUCUUCAUUGAAAGCAUAAAUAGGUUUCAGAAAAUGAAGAAGAAGAAACAGUUGAAGAGUUUCUUUAUGGUUGAAGAUAAAAAAGUGUAUUAUUAUGAUUUAUAUAUUGAAGUUGAGAAAGCAGGUGGAUUUAAGGAGUGUAAAUGGGCAAAAAUCAAUAAGGUAUUUGGUGUUGUUGAUAGUAAAAGUUUACAAAAAGAAUAUGGGAAUUCCAUAAAGAAUUACGCUGACUUUUUAAAUGUCCAAAUAAUUGAAGAUCCUGCUUAUGCUCCAAAGAAAAAUGGUAGAGUUGAAAUCGAGAUCGAUAGUCAGCCUGAAGAUAGUGAGAUUGAAGGUGAUCUUUCCGAGGUUGACGAUGAAGUGAAAGAACAAAUUAGGAAACUUAAACCAGAUUCUAAUUCCAGUGACAGUGAAUAUGAUGAAGAUGAUGGUGAGUGUAUGGUUUGUGGACUUGACGAUGAACCAGAAUCUACCUUAUUAUGUGAUAAUUGUGGUGAUGCUUAUCAUCUUGAAUGUGUUAAUCUUGCCAGUGUCCCAAAAGGAGAUUGGUAUUGUAAUAGAUGUUUGGUUGGUACAGGAGAAUAUGGUUUCGUUGAAGAAACUAAUCUCAAAUAUUCAGUUGAUGAAUUUUAUAAAUAUUGUCAAGAUUUCGAAGUCAAAUAUAAACACGAUUAUGGCUUAGAAAGUCUUCAACAAGUAGAAGGAGAUUUCUGGAAGUUUAUUGAACUGCAAACAUCAAAAAUAGUUGUGAGGUAUGGUGCGGACAUUCAUAAUUUACUUCCAGGACAAAUAUCCGGUUUCCCAACUAAUGAUUCUCCUCAAAUAAUCAAGGAUUAUAUAAAUCCUGAAGUAUUUGAUUAUUAUGCCAACCAACCUUUCAAUUUGAAUAAUUUACCUUUUAGUAAAGGGUCAUUAUUGAAUUAUAUAAAUCAUUCAAUAUCAGGGAUGACCAUUCCUUGGAUUUAUAUCGGUUCUUUGUUAUCUACAUUUUGUUGGCAUGUAGAAGAUCAUUAUACUUCAUCGGCAAAUUAUUGUCAUUUUGGAGCUACAAAGAAAUGGUAUGGAAUCCCAUCAAAAUAUUCUACCACAUUUGAAAAAUUCAUGAAAUUAACAGCUCCGGAUUUAUUCAAAAAACAACCGGAUUUAUUACACCAAUUAGUAACUUUGGUAUCACCAGAUAAACUUAUUGAUAAUGGAAUUCCAGUGUAUUAUGCUAAUCAGAAUCCUAACGAAUUUGUUAUAACAUUCCCUAAAGUUUAUCAUGCUGGAUUCAAUUCGGGAUUCAAUUUCAAUGAAGCUGUAAAUUUCACCAGUAAAGAUUGGAUAGAUUUUGGUCACGAAGCAAUUAAAGAUUAUAGACUUAUCAAGAAAGAAAAUGUCUUCAAUCAUUAUAAAUUACUUGAAAAUAUCAUGAUAAGUUAUAAAAUGGGAAUCGAGACCAAUGAGCAAUUGUUUCAAAAGUCUAAAAAUCAAUAUAAAGAAUUCAUCGAAGAAAUAGAUUCUUUGGUUAAUUACUUCAAGAAACAGAAGUUUCCUAUCAAAUACAAUCACCAUGAAAUAACAGAAGAAGGAUUCUUAGCUGAAAGACAAAAUUUGAAGAAUAAUAUCGAUGACGAUGGAGAUUUAUGUGACAUUUGUAGAACUCAUAUUCAUCAUGCAUUUGUAGAGAUUCCAAAUUCCCAACAUAACUUUGGUAAAGCUGAACAAAGUAAUCAAUUAAUCACACCCCAAGCUUCACCUCAUGUUAGAAAUUCAAGAUCUGAGUCUUCACCUAAAAAAGAGAUCAAUGGUAAGAAACUUGAUUUUGAUGAUAUGGAAAAAAGGUCAACCCGAUCCAAAUCUCAUAAGAUUGAAAAACCAAAGACGAAAAUGUCUAUAGUUAAUCACGACAUGGCAAUGAAAGCCAUUAAUGAAAAGAAUCUUAUUAACAUAUGUAUGGAUUGCGGAUAUGAACAACAAGUAAGUCAAGGAAAAUUGAUUAUUAAUGUUAGUCCUGGUGCCAUGAAACUGUUUAUAGCUCUGAUAUAA